UGGCUCUCUCAUCCUGCAAUAUUCCGCCAUGGAAUCACCUUGAGAAACCCUAACUAAAUCCACUCUAGCGUUCUUUUUUUUUUUUUUUUUUUGUAAAAAAAAACUUAACUGCCAAAUGGGUUCUCUUGUCCCUUUUCAACACCUCAAUCUCUGCCCAGAACCACAGCUGAUCGCCACCUCCUCCGCCGUGAACACCUCCACCUUCACCACCAGCACCAACAACAUCAGCGGCACAACCACCUUCAAUUUCUUAACUCCCAAGCUUGAACCUAAACAAGAACCUUUCGACGAGCUAAUACCUACACAGACUAUUCACCAACAAGAAAACUUCCUCUUUUCCGUUUCAAAUUCUACCCCUGAUUUCAUUCCUAUCCCCGAAACUAUCCCUCAAUCCAACGUCUCCCCUUCCACCGAUGACCAAAACGCCCUUUACUCCGAAUACUUCCGUAUCUCCGAGCUCUUCCGCUCUGAUUUCGCCGAAAGGAUACGAAAAUACGGUGACGUCGCAGUACUUGACCCGGAUUCCCGGGCCAUCGUACCCGUACCCGAACAAUCUCAACUAACCUCCGAAACCAGCCCAACCGACAGCUCCCACCCCGAACGAGCUUUAUCCGUCGUCGUUUCACGUAAGAAGGCCGGAAGGUCUAAUGAGCUGGUUCGGGUUGCAAAUUUAGGAAUCGAAGACCAGCUGCAUUUCCGGGACCUUGUCCUAAGAACCCGAUUGCUGUACGAUGCCCUACGUAUUUUAGUGGGUUCAGAGGAAGAGAAGAGAACCGGACCUGGACAUGGUCGACGGGCUCGUGGCGAUUUGAGGGCGGCUGGAGUUAUGAGGGAUCGGGAACUGUGGUUAAACCGUGAUAAAAGAAUAGUGGGUGCACUCCCGGGUAUUGAAAUUGGUGACGUCUUCUUCCUCAGAAUGGAGCUUUGUGUUGUGGGUUUACAUGGACAUAAUCAAGCUGGGAUUGAUACCUUGCCUGCGAGUCAAAGCUCGAAUGGAGAGCCAAUCGCUACCAGCAUUAUUAUUUCAGGUGGGUACGAGGACGAUGAAGAUUCCGGCUCCUCGGUAAUCUAUACCGGUCAAG